UCUAUCUGUCUGUCUGUCUGUCUGUCCGUCUUUCUAUCUAUUGUGACCUUUAACGAUCAUAACACAAAUAAAUUAUUUAGAUCUAGACCUUGUUUUCAUUAAAAUGACUUUGCAUAAUACUUUAUAUAGUCUAAAGUUGGAGUCAAAAUGGGACUUUUCUUUUCUUCUAAGAUUUCUUCAUAACCUUUUAGAGGGGAUCUCCAGCUGAACAGAAGUGCACAGAAGCAUCAUGCAGCACCGUGCGAAUUCAAAACCAAAUGUAAGCAGCAAUGGUCCCGUCAGCUAAUUGGAUUCAGUACUGUAUGUGGCUCCUCCUCCAACUGAUGCUUCGCAGCCUUCAAACACACUAGUGUGUGCCAUAACAACACCACUGCUCCUUCAAAGUUGGGGGCGCAUUUUCAACAGUGAACGCAACAAUUUGGGAACUCGUCUGUGCCUUUUUAGUAACAUUGUGAACAGAAUAAAGCAGCCAAACAGUGGCUUUUGUUUGCAAAGGAACGUUUCCCCUUGCUUUCAGCCUUGUGGACAAUAUGAAGUGCAGUUAUGGCAAAAAGUGGUAAAUCCGUGGUGAGGACCCUGGAGGAUUUGACGCUGGAUUCGGGUUACGGUGGAGCCGCGGACUCCUUCAGGUCAUCCAGCUUGUCUCUGUGCUGCUCCGAGGCGCACAUCCCCUAUGCGCAUGGAGGGCACUGCUGGCAUCUGACCGACUCCAUGCGCAGUCGACAUAACAGCCUAGACACCGUCAACACCGUCCUGGCUGAAGACGGCGAGACCCUGGAGUGUUCCGGACACUGUGCGAAACUUCCCGAGCUUGAGGAUGUGCCCUGGAGCCUCGGGGAGGUGGAGAACGCGCUCAACAAGGAGGAAGAGUUGAGGUUCGGCACCGUGUCCGCGGAUCUGCUAGCGCGCCUCUCCACGCUCGUGAGCCGCGCGCUGGUGAGGAUCGCCAGGGAAACGCAGCGGCUGAGUUUGCGCUACGGCAAAUGUACCAAAUACGAAGUCCAAAGUGCCAUCAAGAUGAUCUUAUCGUGGACCGUCUCGGUCAACUGCAUCGCCGCGGCGCUCAGCGCGCUGUCCAUGUACAACAUGAGCACCGAGGAUAAAUUCAGCCGGGGGAAAUCGGAGAGAUGCGGCUUGGUCUUCUCCGUGGGGAGGUUCUUCAGGUGGAUGGUGGACAGCAGGGUCGCGGCGCGCAUCCACGAGCAUGCGGCCAUAUACCUGACCGCCUGUAUGGAGAGCCUCUUCCGAGAGGUCUUCACCCGGGUGUUGAAUAGCUCGGUGGUGGAAAAGGAUAACGGGAUCCCCAAAUUCACACUGGAAUCCUUUGAGCAGGCUCUGAGCAAUGAUUCAGAGUUGUACGGCCUCCUUUUGCCCUAUCAGCACCUCACAUGUGGGAAAAAUGCCAAUGGAAUCCUCAGUUUGCCGGACAGUUUGAGCCUGCACAGGAACCAGCAGCGCUCAAAUAAAGCUGGAGAUGCCUACAGUCAGUCCGAGCAGCGUACUAUUGAGCAGUCCCUGCUGGCCACACGAGUGGGGAGCAUCGCUGAGCUCAGUGAUUUAGUGUCCAGAGCCAUGCAUCACCUCCAGCCUCUGAGCAUAAAGAACCACAGCAACGGCACUCCGCUCCCUCAGAAGAGCAGCCUGAUCCACUGGGAGCCCGAGGCUUUAUAUACGCUCUGCUACUUCAUGCACUGCCCUCAGAUGGAGUGGGAGAACCCCAACGUAGAGCCAUCCAAAGUCACCUUACAGACCGAGAGGCCGUUUCUCGUACUGCCUCCUCUGAUGGAGUGGAUUAGAGUAGCUUUGGCACAUGCAGAGCACCGCCGCAGCUUUUCAGUGGAUAGCGAUGAUGUUCGGCAGGCGGCCAGACUCCUGCUGCCCGGGGUGGAUUGUGAACCCCGCCAGCUGAAGACUGAUGACUGUUUCUGCGUGUCACGUAAGCUGGAUGCUGCUUCUACCGAGGCCAAGUUCCUGCAGGACCUGGGCUUCCGCAUGCUCAACUGUGGCCGCACUGACCUGGUCAACCAGGCCAUCAACUUACUAGGACCCGGUGGAAUCAACAGUAUGAGUGAACAGGGCAUGACCCCUCUGAUGUACGCAUGUGUUCGCGGUGACGAAGCCAUGGUUCAGAUGCUUCUAGAUGCAGGAGCCGACAUCAACAGUGAGGUGCCAAACACAGUGCAAAAGUACCCCUCAGUCUUCCCAGAGACCCGGCAGGCCACACCUCUCACCUUCGCCGUACUUCACCAGCACAUCCCCGUGGUGCAGUUGCUUCUGGAUGCUGGAGCUAAUGUGGAGGGCUCUCUGCAGGACGGGAUGGAGAACUACACUGAGACGCCGUUGCAGUUAGUUUCCGCCGCAGGGAACUUUGAGCUGGUCAGUCUGCUUUUGGAGAGAGGAGCAGACCCCAUGGUUGGGACCAUGUACCGCAACGGCAUCUCUACCGCACCUCACGGGGACAUGAACUCCUACAGUCUGGCCGCAGCGCAUGGGCACAGGAACGUGUUCUGCAAGCUUCUGUCGCAGUCGGAAAAGGGGAAGGCAGAUGUUCUGUCUCUACAGGAGAUCUUGGCUGAGGGAUCAGAGAUGGAAGAGAGGAAUUCCCUGAAGAUGGAAGCAACCCGCACGGGGAAGGCCAAACUCAAAGCUCUGAGAGAGGCGAUGUAUCACAGCUCUGAACACGGCUAUGUCGACAUUACAUUGGACAUCAGAAGUCUAGGGGUGCCCUGGACGCUGCAUACAUGGCUGGAGUCCCUGCGAACCUGUUUCCUGCAGCACCGGCGGACGCUGAUCCAGGGUCUGCUGAAAGAGUUCAGCUCUAUUGAAGAGGAGGAGUACACAGAGGAACUCAUAACACACGGCCUCCCACUCAUGUUCCAGAUCCUGCGUGCCAGCAAGAAUGAAGUGAUUAGUCAGCAGCUGGCAAUGAUAUUUACUCAGUGCUACGGACCAUAUCCGAUCCCCAAACUUACAGAGAUCAAGAGGAAACAGACGUCAAGACUGGAUCCUCAUUUUCUAAACAACAAGGAGAUGUCAGAUGUGACCUUCCUGGUGGAAGGAAAGCCAUUCUACGCUCACAAAGUUUUGCUCUUCACCGCCUCCAACAGGUUUAAAUUACUUCUGGCAAACAGACCAGCUGCUGAGAACACCUGUAUCGAAAUCAGCCAUGUCAAAUACAAUGUAUUUCAGCUGGUGAUGCAGUAUCUGUACUGUGGUGGAACGGAUUCACUUCACAUCAGAAACACUGAGGUUAUGGAUCUCCUCUCUGCAUCUAAGUUCUUCCAACUGGAGGCUUUACAGAGACACUGUGAGAUCAUCUGCGCCAAGAACAUCAACACUGAAACUUGUGUGGAGAUCUACAACCAUGCUAAAUUCCUAGAGACACCUGAGCUGUCGACCUACAUCGAGGGCUACUUUCUGAAGAACAUGGCAGUUCUCAUAGAGCUUGAGCCAUUUAAACAGUUGCUCUAUAACAACCCGGUGGAGAACUGCUGCCCCGACGUGUUGCGUGAUCUGGAGAAGACGCUGGCCACGCGCAUUCGCUCCAUUCAUCUGUCCUCCUCGAAGGGAUCCAUCGUCUAAAACUGCCUCCAGACUUCAUCAAAGCAUGCUGAGAUCCAAACACGUGCACUUCCUUCAGGACUCUAGCAGUGCGGUGUAAAUGUAUUCAUUCAGUGGCAGUAGCAAUGCACUCGUAGUUCUCCAUCUAGGACUGUGGUGAUCUAUUCUCAACAGACUUGAUCUAUGCUUUACGUGACAGCCAUAAAGGAAACAAUGCCAUUUUACAUUUCUUCUCCAAAUUGAAUAACACCUGUGACAGAUAAUGGUUUUCUUAGAUGCAGUACCUUUACUAACCUUGGAAUUUUGCAAUUCCAGUAACUCAUUUUGAAGCACUAUGAGCAGCAAAUGUGACGUGACCCAAAAAAAGUGGCACUGUUGAGAUCGCUACAGCAAGCAGGUCACGUUUUUUUGGUACAUCAUGGCUUAGGGGUACAAGGGGUUAGUCCUCUGGAAUAGAAAACAACUCAAUCAUUGUCAGCACUGAUUAUAGAUGUUACUAAAUAUGCUUCCUAGAUUUGUAUUUUCGAGCAUUGAGAUGAUGCUUCUUCACAGUUGUACAGAUACUGCUCUUGUUAUCAGUAACCAUAUGUUUAAAAUGUGGGCAGAGAAUGUGGCUGCCAGUGUAAAUACUGACGGGAAUCUCUCAUAUGGAGUAGUUUGAUCUCCAGCUGUACGUAGAUGUAUAUAAGAUGUCAUCAUCUUUAGACUUCUGUCAAGAACUCACAAUAAUGUAUUAUAGAAGUGUUCUUGAAGUCUUGUUAACUGUUGUAAAUGUAGAUGAGCAUGUAAGUAUUUUCAUGCUUGGGUUUUGUUGAUGUCGUCAUGUCUUGCAUUGACUUUACACUCUUCUGUGUGUGCGGGGGUCUGUUUUGUCUAGGAAAAUGAACUAUUAUCAGCAUGGAGUUGCAGAAUUGUAGCUGUGAAUCCCCUGAAAUGACUGAUUCAGAAUGUGCCUGCAAUGUUCUGAUGUGCUGUGUCUCUAAUGACAUUUGUGUCACUUGAUGACUAAAUCAGUGUUCUUUAUAAAGAUUACUACAAAAUA